AUGUACACAGCCACGCUGCUGCUGCUACUCGCCUUCGCGUCAACUCUGCCGACCGGAGCCGCGGUCGAAGAAGCAGAGGUGUUUGGCUCGGUACCGGCGCUGGCGGCGUUAGAAAAGCACGACAUUAAGCUCGAGCUUGAACAGAUGAGAGCAAUCUCCAGAGGAGACGUGGGCGUUGACGGUCGAAGCCCCGUCGUCCAUGAACCGCAGGAAGUGGAGCAUUUGCUGCAGGUACAGAGCACGACCGACUCGUCCGAGUGUUCGGGUAGUUCAGGAGGUGCAGAAACGAUCGAAUUCCCGCAGUCAGACCACUAUAGUCAGUCUUCAAGUGUCAGCGGUGCGACUUCAGGCUCAGGGGCGGAGAACGAGGACGCUGUCGUGGGGAUUACGCUCGGUUUGGGCGGACUCGAUAUCUCCAUUGGCUCAGUAGACGUCGCUGUCGGAUCAGGCGGAGUUGAUGUAUCGGCAGGCUCAGCAGGUAUCUCAGUGGGCUCAGGAGGCAUCGAGGCCACAGUUGGCUCGGGGUCGUACGGGCUUGGCGUUUCUGUAGGAUCGGACGGCUUCGAUGCCACUGUGGGGUCGAGUGGCCUCGAGGUAUCGACAGGAUCACACGGUUUGGAUGUCACGGUAGGGUCCCACGACCUGGGUGUUUCAGUGGGAUCAGGAGGCGUUGGCGCUACUGUGGGCUCGAAUGGCCUUGAUGUCUCUACUGGAUCACAGGGCUUAGUUGUUUCGGUUGGAUCCCAUGCUCUGGACGUGUCAGUUGGAUCAGGUGGCAUUGAUGCGACUGUGGGGUCGGAUGGCCUUGAGAUUUCAACGGGAUCACAUGAUUUGGGUGUAUCGGUAGGGUCCCAGGACUUGGAUGUGCCAUUCGAGUCUGGCGGCAUUGGAACUACUGUGGGGUCGAAUGGUAUUGACGUUACGGUCGGGUCUCGUGAAGUCCAUCUCGAUGCUAGCUCCAGGAAUAUCGACGCGUCUGUAGGCUCACAAGGCAUCCACGUUACUACCAGCUCUUCCGAUGUCGAUGUGUCGGUCGGAUCUAAGGGUGUUCACUUCGGAGCUAGCUCAACGCAUCUCGACACGGAUGUUGGCUCCAACAGCGACCAGGUCUACACCAGUCCUCCAACUGUCGAUCCCAAUGUCCAGAUUACUACAGCACCUUUAAGCGUGGAUGUGUCUGGAGGAUCUGGUGAUGAUCAGGUGGUUGUCGGUUCUACUGAAACCGGCCCACCCACUGCGCAGCAGUCUACGUCCUCCCAUUCAGAGGAACGAUCUAGUAUUCUGGAUGCGACGCUAGGGCCAAGCUGGAACAUUUCCGCUGCGAGGGAAGAAACCCGUUCCCCGGAGAUACAAAGCAACUCCUCUGCCUCAUCAGAAGAAUCGGCGGUGUCAACGGAAGCAUCGCCGGUAAAUGACACCUCACCUGGAUCGUACAGCGGCUCGAGCGACGUUGUCCAGGUCUAUUCAUUCACAACAAGCAAUAGUUCAUCAAGUGUAUCGGAAUCGAGAAGCGAGGGCUGGUGGAGCGGAAGUGAAUACUACGAGCCGUAUACUUCAACCUAUUGCCGAUGUAAGGCUACAGAGUGCCAGAACGAAUACCCGGGCGAGUCCAGUGGUUCCACGUGCGAAAGCAAGCUUUCCGAUGGCUCGUGUCCCUCAGGGUACAAGACUGUCGCAGAGGCGACGUUCACUCUCUUGGCUGGCGAUAUCAUCGGAGCGUUCUACAAUUUGGGGAAGGAAGACCCGAUUACCCGCAACAACAAAUGGUGGAUCACUAUUUCGCUCCCAAGUGGAUGGAGAUUUGUGGCGUGGGAAAACACGGCAGUCAAAGUGACGCUGCGGGGCGACGACAAGUACUACUCGUCGGCUGUACGUGUCCACAGCUGUGAAGACGUGACGAACAGCGACAACUGCGACAGCGAUUCUCACAGAUAUGGCUUCGUCGACGUCAUGAACCUUAUUGAAGGCCGAGGAGACCUGAUGACGUCGAGCUCUCGUGGUCCAAUGUCUUUCGUCUUGUCGAAGAGUAUCAUCACUGGCGCCAAGGCUUCAAGCAGCUCUGUGGGUGUCAGUGUGUCGCUGUCUUAUGAGACCUCGGCCGGAGCGCUCAAGUCCGCUGCUACUUCCCGACGUAUGCGGGAGCUAACAGUGAUUGCUUCUGACUCCAUAACUUUUACUUCGACGGAGGAUUUUAGCGCUCUCACUCUCGCUACCAUGGCGUUGCCCUCUAUUCGAAGAGGCCGCUUGGAUUCGUCGCUGGUGUGGAUGGAGGAGGACACUGAGAUUCUGAUGCUGUCGUUCUCAACGUCUACUAUCGUUGGCCCCAGCUCAGACAACCCAAAAGUAUGCGUCGACAUGCGCUCGUCGUAUUGUGCAAGCAAAGGACGUGAGCCUACGUCGACUGUGAGCUUCGGGUCUUUCACGCAGGCUUCUUACGUGCAAGGCGGAAAUCCUUUCCUCAAUCUUUACGCUGACCCUGGUGCUACGAACCUGAACAUAGAGAGCAGCAACGCCAGCUACUUCUGUGUGACGAAUCUACUUCCGUCGGGUGUCAAGACCAACGAUUCGUGGGAGAUCAGGACGACCUUCACGUUUCAGAUUCAAGUAACAAACGUGGCGUGGACUAGCAACGAGGGUGAAGAGGGUGUCACUACCGGCUUCCGCUUGCCUCCUCUCAGCGAAGUUGUGCUGAUGGACGGCAGCGCCGUGAUGGGCAGCGACUGCGCACAGACGCUAGUUCACGCGAAGACAUACUCCAAGUCUACUCUAAGUGUCUACAGUGUCAUGUCGAUCACAUUCUUCGCUGUUGCUCUGGCUGGUGCUGUCCUCGUUACACGAAUGAAUGGCAUCUCUUUCUCCAGGCCUACAUUUUACAACGACAUGACGUCGCUGUCUGUGAUGAUGAUCUUCGUCCUGUGCAUCGUUGGCAACGCGAUUUGGAUCAGUGUUUCGACCAAGGCAUCGUCGGCACGGGGAACAGACAUUUACUACCUGAUGUACGCGAUUUCUGUCUGUUUCACGUGGACGAUGAUGACCUCAGUAUGCUUCCACUGGGGAACUGUGCUGUUCCACAACGUGGGACCCUCUGGACGUCUAUUGGUGUUCGUCGUCUACGUGAUCAUUAACGUCGCAUUCUAUACCGUCCAGCUUUUCGGCGUCGUUAGUCUCACCGAUUUCUACAAAUGUACAUACGAUGACUACCUCAAGAACCCAUUCUACAAUAUGCGCUUGUGCUCGGACGACUACUGCCCCGACCUGCAGCCGACUCAGUGGAAAUAUGCGGUCAACAAUGUGUGCAAAGACGUCAGCUACUCGGGCUGGUUCUUCCCGCUUCACCAGAGUGCAGAGCUGCUGAUCUUCCUGACUUCAGUGGCGUUGCUUGUGCUAGGAACGUUUGUGAUCCAGCGUGGCGUGCGGCUCAUUGAUCAGUCGGGCGAUAUCUUCGAUGAUCACGUGGUGCAGGUGAUGAAGAAGUCGUUGAUCACGUACCUGGUGGUGAUCCUGUCGAUUGCCCUUGUACUCGGAACAUCCUGCAUCAUGAACUCAAUUCUGCACUGGAAGAAUUGGAGUAUCGACUCUGUCGUGUGGUAUGUUUUCUCCAUCUGGCUUCCGACUCUGGUGCCGCCGAUUGGAUUUCUGUUGCUGCAGUGGAACCCUCGUUUGCAUGGAAUGAAUUGGAACCCGUCGUUGCACGUCAAGGACCCGCAGUUACUUCAUCGUACGAUGUCAAGCAUCUCGGAGAAGGUUGAAAGUGGCAAGUUCGACAUGUCUGGAAAUGGUACUGGACUAAGCGACGGCUGGGCUGGUAUUCUACGUUUUCCUGACACGGAGUACAACCCCAUUGGCCAGGAGAGUGUCGAUGGCACGCAGAAUGUGCUGGCACUAGCAGUUCAGCUCGUGUCGCCUAUUCCUCUUACACACGCGUGCUUUAUUGAGCUCUACGUGGCGGAGAAUACGAACCCUGAAGGCGGUGAGAACGAUGUGACCGGAGAAGACCAUUACGAAGACCUCCCAGUACUGAGUUACCGUCGCUCUUCCAUCAGUACAUUCAUUGAGAGCGGACUGCACCAAGAAGGAAUACUUAGUCGUCGCAGUCAGUCCAUCUCUCUGCUUGGCGCUAACGCGUUGCCCACACCUCAGCCCGUAUCUAACCCAACAGCGAAGUGGUCGCGUGUGGGCUUCACUGAGACUGUACUCCCUACUCUGGUGACUGGCAACUCUGAAAACACCGGCGGUGUGACGCAAAUCGCUACGUUUUUGUCGGUGCUUCAGAUCCCGGUGAUGCCUGCGAAUCCGCUUCUCCGCUUUGUGGUGUACGAAAUCCCAGAGAAAACUUCCUCUCCGUCUUCUGAUGGGGACGUACGCGAGUCUCGUCAGCUGAUGCGUGCAUCGUCCAUACAGCUCGAUGAACGUGCUAGAAUCGCUCGCGUAUCUGGGAUGGGAAUGGCCCCACCGUCACGUCCGAAGGUGUUCUGCGAGUUCUCGUGUGCCUGCGAUGACAUGCUGUCCGCCGACGAGGUGAACUUGGUAGCUCGACAAGUCUCUUACCGCAAUCGGUCACCAAUCCCGACAGUGCUUAGCGACGGAACUGGCACUGAGUCUCCGAAUGUUAACGCUACUAUUGGAGCUGCUACCCUUGAAGUGGAUCCGUCGGUACCGCGCCUUCGCGUCAAGUCAAUGACUGUCUCCCCACGUCAACUCAAGGAAAACUCGGGCUUCUACAUCACGAAGAGUUUCCAGUUUGCUGAAGGUGACGAAAUGGUGAUCGAAGACAUGGUCGAGAGUCCGUUGACGAACGAACUGCCGCGCCAGUACCUGGAGCUACUAGUUACCGAUCGUGCGGAUGAUCUGGCGCGUGCACAGGCGGAUGCUGCGGAGUUCGAAGCGAGAGUGAAGAGUGGACUUGUGGGCAAUCUGUACGACAAUUUGAUCGAGCAGAUUCAGGGCGAGAACGACCAGACUGUGGUGCAAACGUGGCUGAACGAGCGCGUCCAGCAGCGUAAAAUGUACGUCGAGGCGCUGCGUGAGUGCCACCAGCUGUGUAUUGAGCGUGCGGGAGAAGGACUGAACUUCAAGGCCAGUACCGAGAAGAAGAGCCUCGUGUUGCGGUUCCUGCCCAUCAACCUGCACGUGCAGGACAUGUGGGUCGGUCCUACGGCGGAUCUGCGCUCGCAGCGAUCAAGACGCACGUCACCCAACGUUCGCGUGUAUCCUACGGUGACGGCCGGCGCGUUUGCAGCUCACUGUUUCAAGUUCCGCCACAACGGCAGCAUCCUGAGCUUACGAGCGAACCUGCAGAAGCGAUCGCUGUCGCGUGUGCAGAGCGACGUGUCAGACAAAAGCGUCGACGCUGUGGAUUGGACCAAUACGGAUACUCGCUCUACGGACGAGACACGCUGGCAUCUCACGACGCGGUUUGACAUGUGCUUCUCUCAGGCGCUGACUACGCUGGUGACGUCUUUCUGUCGCCAGUUGGAGUACUCGUUGCAGCACCCGAGCGACCGCACCUUCCUGCGAACGAUCGACUCUAUCGAAUUCCUCUUCCAGGUCGAGUCAUUGCUGUCCACACAGGGCAAGGAGAUCAGAAUGCUGGAAGAUUUCUCCGCCGCUGUAGAUGCACUCAAGCACGUGACGUUUGUGAUUGACACUUCGCCACCUACUCACCUCCCGUCUACGCUGCUUAAUCUGCACAUGAAGAACACCACAUUACCUGGUGUUGUAUCGGUGCGCUUGAGCAAGGGAUCUACUAAGGGAACCUUCACUGUGGCGAUUGGUGUGCGUUGUUCGGAAGACGUGCGAGCGUCGAUCCCGUCCGCUAUCCGAUCGGGCAGUUCCAUCACCGUCACCCCCGUGAUCUUUACACAGGGCAUCAACGAGAUGCAGACAUUGGCCAACAACGCCAGUACCAAGAAGACGACUCUGCAAGACAUCAUUAACCGCAAGAGCUUCUUCGUGCUGACGCGCUACAUCGAGAAGUACAAGCAACUCGCUACUCAGAGGCCAGACGCAGUGCCGACGCCAAUGAGCACGGUUGCGCCUCUUCUGGAAUCGCUGGAGGAGCGUAUUGCGGCGGCCAGUAAGCGGCAUGUCGUGAAGUCCAAGCACCCGAAGAUCAUUCAGGAGAGCUCGCGCUUGUGUCGUCUGUUGGGCGCUGGUCGAGUGACGUCGUGCAAGAGUGCCAAGGACCGCACCGGCAUGUCCGUGACGCUCGAGCAGGUGCGACUGCUGAGCGAGAAUCACGGUUUGCCCGAGGAGUUCGCGGUGCGCACGGUGUCGACCAUGCGCAGUAACGGUGUUCGCCUCGAGAACGCACUCAAGAACACCGGCAAGCGUCAAUACGCUUUCAAUGCAUUGCAACGCUCCCUGCUUCCGGAUGAGUACAAGUGUCCCGAAGGCACGUACGGCCGUGGCAACGUGAGCUAG